AACAGAUGUGGGGUUGAAACUUUGCGUCCAAAAACUUGUUUGCCCGCUGAAGGUUGCCGUAGUUUGCGUGAAGUCGUUGCCAUGGUUACUUCUUAGGCUUCGCCAAAUGUUAGCUAUGACAAUGUCUCCACCGACUUUCGUACUUUAAACAGCUCGCGCUCCGAAACCCGCGAGCGGGCGGUUGUUCAGCUAAUGUUAGCCAAAGUUUAACCUCGGAGGACUUCCGCUUGCUGCCAAGUCGGGCGGGACGACGAACUGUCAUUUUCCCCGAACCCAGGGGGAGAGGAACCGCUAAAAGACCGUCGAUGGUAUGAAUCCAAAAGAUGUCGACGUCCCUUCUGCCAUGACUCCCGUGGAGAAAGAUGCUGAGGCGCAGCCACGCUUCGUCUUUGGGAACACUGUUGCCAAACCGCCUGAGAGACGGGAGCCCGAAGAGGGCUUCUCCACAGAGACGUCAUGUCUGAGGAGAUCCAAUCUCAAACGUGUUCCGGACAGAAUCCUGGGAAAUGGCUCAUUAACAUAUCUGAGUCUGGAGGGAAACCAGAUCUCCAUCAUCCCAGAUUCUGUGUUCCUGAGUUUGCCCAAGCUGCAGUGGCUUGACCUGAGAAACAACAUAGUAACUUCACUCCCUGCUGCCAUUGGCUCUCACAGGUCUUUGAAAACCCUGUUGCUGGAGGGGAAUCCUAUCUCCGAGCUUCCACCAGAGCUGGGAAAUGUGAUUACCCUCCGAGGGCUGAACCUGAGGGACUGCCCCAUUCGAUUCCCUCCGCAAGAAGUGGUUCACCAGGGGCUCCCGUCCAUCCUGCGCUUCCUGCGGAGUGCUCUGGCCGAGCGGCCGGUCAGCGCCCAGAAGCCUUUUCCAGUGGUGGAGAAGCUCCAGCUGUCAGAGGUAACGGGGUCCAGCGAGGACAUGCAGGACGAGCUGGCGGAAGAGGAUGAGAUGCAGAAGUUCAGGGAGCUCAAAGACAAGUUCGUGCUGCUGGACAGGGCUGAGCUGGGCUUGGUGGCACACUGUGACACAAAGCAGAAAGUGCGCCUUCCGUCCGUCCCCAAACGGAAAAUUGUACGGUCCAGCAUGAUCCCUGAGCUUCCCCUGUAUGACCCUCAGCCACAGAAGAGGCCACAGGAGAAGAAGCAGGCUUCAUUGGAGCAGAAGAAAACCCAGGAGGCUCUUCAGAAGUGGCGCACACAGGCAAAGGCGACGCAGGAGAGGAAGGCGUCCGAGCACAAACAGAAGCGACAAGACAGACAAAGAAAGGGAGAGCACAAACAGCACGGCGCUCCGCCACAGGGAGCCGAUCCAAAACCCGCUCCGGGGACGGGGAGCGGAGCCUCACAGAGGCAGGGGUGCGGCACAGCCACCAAGGAGGCGGAAGAGCACAGAUCUGCCCGGGAGCUUGAGCGACUGAUCCGUGCCCGUGUGGAGAGGAUGCAGGAGAGGCGAAGGAAUCCCAUUGGCUCGAUGACCCAGCAGAUGGCGGCGGCAGAGGAAGAUCUGAGAGAGAUGAGGAAGUUACAAGAAAGACUUCUGGAGAGGAAAAGGAAUCUAUGGAGACAGGGGGGAGGCAGUUUCUCUCCCUUCACAGCAAACACCUGACAGAGUUUGCUUUCCAAAUGACACGGAUCACUCAUCUGAUGUUUUGUGACUGUGAAUAAGUAAAUAUGGUGUGAAAAGAGUCAUCCCUUUUUCAUGUGGCACCCAAUAUCCUCAUAUUUAAAAAAGAAAUGUCUCCUGUGGACAAUGGAGUGUUUUUUCCUUCUGUUUUUUUUCUGACUUAAGCAAGAUACAUUUCUCUUUUACAUAACUUCCCUUACUCCUGCAAAAUAAACUGUGGCACUGCAGAUGCGGUGUGGAAAUU